UAUGGUUUAAGCUAGCUGAAUCAUGGUAUGCUAGGCUGUGCAGCUCGCGUUGUGCUGUAAGAUGUUAUGUAUUUACAAGCAUAUGUCGUUGUCAAAAAGGGGCUGUGUUGAAACAGAACGGUUCAGGAGGAGGUCCAGUUUGUGUCGCCGUUGAAAAAGCGUUACAGAAAUGCUAAGCUGCGGUAACAGCGUUGGCUGUAGACUGUAUCACAGUGUACCCAGCUGUCUUCACGUUCAAAUAUGAUGGCUGCUUGGGGGGACAUAAUGGACAAUGGCAAACCAAGCCGUGUGUGUCGACCCCUGCGGAUCAGUGAAUCGUCCAAGGUGUACCGCUGGGUGGACCAAGCUGCAGAGGUGUUGCAGGGACUCAAUGAGCAGCGACAGCACAGCCAGUUCUGUGAUGUGGUGCUGGUGGCCGAUGACCAGCGGAUCCCCGCUCACCGUUCCCUCUUGGCCAUCUCCAGCCCAUACUUCCAUGCUAUGUUCACUUUGGGCAUGAGAGAGGAACGUCAGGAGGAGGUGGAGCUAGUUGGGAUGUCCUACAUCGGUCUGAAGGCUGUAGUGGACUUUCUCUACAGUGGAGAGCUGCCGUUGGAUGGAGGAAACAUUGACUGUGUGCUGGAAACUGCUCAUCUUCUGCAGAACUGGAGAUUGGUGGAUUUCUGCUGCCAGUAUCUGGAGCAGGAGGUCAGUGAGGACAACUACCUCUACCUGCAGGAACUGGCUCUGAUCUACAGUCUUGAGCGACUGGACCUCUUCAUUGACCACUUCAUCCUCACACGCUUUGCCACACUGUCUUUCACCCCAGAUUUUCUUCACAAUAUUCCUUUACACAAACUCACCUCCUACCUCUCUUGUGGACAGGUUCAGCACGACAGUGAGCAGGCACUUCUCCAGGCCACCCUACAGUGGCUCAGCCAGAGUCCUGAGCGGACGGCCCAUUCCUUACAGCUCCUCUCCCACAUCCGCUUCCCGUUGAUGCCGGUGCAGGAGCUACUGGGUCGUGUGCUACCAGCGGUGCAGGCCCUGUUGCCAGUGGAGGCCGGCUGUGAGGCCCUGGUGGAGGAAGCUCUGGAAUACCGUGCCAGGUCCAGUGCACAGCCUCUCCUGCAAACAGAACGAACCACAUUGAGGGGGGGAGUAGAGCAGCUUCUGCUGAUAGGAGGAGAGGUGUCAGAAUUUGGAGAGGAGCUGAGCGCCAAUGUUUGUCGGCUUGAUGGUGAAACAGGAAGUUGGGAGGUGGAGACCAAGUUGCCAGCCCAGCGGAGCCACCACUGUCUGGCAGUCCUGGGGGGCUUCAUCUUUGCUGCAGGUGGCAGUUUGUCCAGAGACAAUGGUGGAGAUGCUGCCUGUAACCUGCUGUACAGAUAUGACCCCCGUCACAACCAGUGGACCACGGGUGCUGCAAUGAACCAGCGGCGGGUGGAUUUUUACCUGGGUGCAGUGGGGGAGUGUCUGAUUGCUGUGGGUGGGAGGAAUGACAUCGGAGCUUUGUCCUCUGUGGAGGUUUACUGCCCUGCUGAGGACUGCUGGUCUUACGUGGCAGGACUGCCCAGGGUUACUUACGGCCAUGCUGGGACAGUCCACCAUGGUGUUGUCUACAUCUCAGGAGGUCAUGACUAUCAGAUUGGCCCAUAUCGCAGAGAUGUCCUGAGUUAUGAUCCAUCAAGGGAUGGUGAUGUGUGGGUGGAACGCCAGCCCAUGUCUAUGGCCCGGGGCUGGCAUUGCAUGGCCUCUCUCAACCACCUAAUCUAUGCCAUUGGGGGCAGCGAUGACCAUGAGGACACCACCGAACGCUUUGACAUCCUGCAGGUGGAGUCCUACGACUCACGAAGCAGCCAGUGGACCCGGGUGGCACCACUGCUGCUGCCCAACAGUGAGGCUGGGCUUGCAGUCUGGGCAGGGAGGAUCUACAUCCUUGGGGGCUACAGCUGGGAGAGCAUGGCAUUCUCCAGAGCCACUCAGCUGUUUGAUCCUGACAAAGGCUCAUGGUCCAGAGGGCCAGACUUGCCAAAACGUACUGCAGGGGCCUCAGCAUGUGUGUGCAUUGUAAAGCCCUUACCAUCAUCUCAUUCUUCAAAGAAGAAGAAGAUUGGACAAAUAGCGAAAGAAAGGUCGGCGGCUGCUGUGGCUCAGGAGGUAGAGCGGGCAACAGCAGUGGAUGACUUUCUCUACAUCCAGAGAUACAAGGCCUACAGUAACUUUGGCUGA